AUGGAUUUCGUCAAGAACCUUGCUGGAGGCAACAACAACGACGCCGCCUCUUCCUCGGCUGGCCAGCCCGAGAAGAAGGAGUCUGGCGGCUUCAUGGACAAGCUCAACGGCAUGGCCGGCGGUGGUCAGGAGAGCGAAAAGAACGAGGACGGUGUUGACAAGGCCGUCGACUUCGUCCAAGAAAAGCUUCUCGGCCAAGGUCCUCAGGACAACGAGAGCGCCGCUGAGCAAGCAAAGGAUGAACAAAUUUCCGAUUUCCUCCGGGGCCAGUACAAGAACACGACCGGCAAAGAGAUUCCCAUCGAGGACAAGGAGAGGAAGUUUGGCUUUUAA